AUGCGUCAUUCCCCCUUCACAGCUAUUACUGCUCUAGCAGGAGCAGCAACAGCUGCGAACACCACAUCUCUCUCCGAUCUGUGUACAGUGGCCAACGUUCAAGCUGCACUACCGGCAAACGGAACCUUACUUGGCAUUGAUUUGAUCCCCUCAGGGUCGACUGCGAGCAUCGUCUACAACGCAUCUUCCUCAGCCACCAGCCGCUCGGCAAGCUCAACAACGUUUACCUACUGCAACGUUACGAUUACCUACACGCAUACUGGCAAGGGCGAUUCAGUCGAAGUGAAGUAUGCCUUCCCAAGCCCAGACGCUUUCGAAAAUCGAUUCUAUGUUGCUGGCGGAGGUGGCUUCUCUCUAUCAUCUGAUUCGACUGGAGGCAUUCAAUAUGGUGCUGUCGGAGGUGCCACCAGUGCUGGCUACGAUGCCUUGAAUGGCGUCAGUUACGAUGAAGUUGUGCUCUACGGAAACGGAACAAUCAAUUGGGAUGCGACGAUGAUGUUUGGAUACCAAGCCCUUGGCGAAAUGACAAUCAUCGGCAAACCGCUGACGAGAGCUUUCUAUGGGUUGGACACCGAUGCUAAGGUUUACACCUACUAUGAGGGCUGCUCAGAUGGGGGCCGAGAGGGCAUGAGUCAAGUUCAGCGCUGGGGUCAGGAGUACGAUGGUGUGAUUGUGGGUGCGCCUGCGUUCCGAUUUGCGCAACAACAGGUUACCCAUGUAUUGUCGUCUAUGGUGGAGGUGACGCUCGACUACUACCCUCCGCCGUGUGAGAUGACCAAGAUUGUCAAUGCCACCAUUGCGGCUUGUGAUCCUCUUGAUGGGCUGACUGAUGGAGUUAUUUCCCGGACUGAUCUCUGCAAGCUUAACUUCAACCUGAGCUCCAUUAUUGGGGAGUCUUAUUACUGCGCUGCUGAGAAUUCAACCUCUCUCGGGUUCGGCUUCAGCAAACGACAAGCGCAGGGCAGCACGACAAGCUCACAGCCCGAACAGAAUGGAACUGUCACCGCCGAAGGAGUGGCUGUCGCGCAAGCCAUCUACGACGGCCUCCACAACUCUGCCGGCGAACGAGCCUACCUCUCCUGGCAAAUCGGAUCCGAGCUCAACGACGCAGAAACGACCUACAACACCGAUACUGGAGCAUGGGAGCUCGACAUCCCAUCCACAGGCGGCGAAUAUGUGACCAAGUUCAUCCAACUGCUCAACAUCGACAACCUCGACAACCUCGACAACGUCACCUACGACACCCUGGUCGAAUGGAUGAACAUUGGUUUCGUGCGUUAUUACGAUAGUCUGCAAACAACCCUCCCAGAUCUCACACCCUUCCAGUCGUCCGGCGGUAAGAUGCUCCACUACCAUGGUGAAUCCGACCCUAGUAUCCCCUCCGCCUCUUCGGUCCAUUACUGGCAGUCUGUGCGUUCCAUCAUGUAUCCCAACUCCACCUCAGACGAAUCCCUCGAGGCACUGCAGAAUUGGUAUCAAUUCUACCUCGUUCCUGGCGCUGCCCAUUGCGGCGUGAAUUCAUUGCAACCUGAUGGCCCGUAUCCGGAGCACAACAUGGAUAUCAUGAUCGACUGGGUUGAGAACGGUGUCAAGCCGACGGGGUUGAAUGCAACGACGCAGGCAGGGACGUAUAAGAGUGAGACGCAACUACUAUGUCAGUGGCCGACAAGACCGUUUUGGGCUAGCAAUAGCAGCACGGAUUUUGAGUGUGUUAAUGAUACGGCGAGUAUUGAUAGCUGGACUUACACGUUUCCAGCCUUUAAGGUGCCUGUGUAUUAG